AUGCCAGUAGAGGAAUCGCACGCCCACAAAUGGCCUAAGCUGACCCCCAAGCAGUCAGUCCCCUGCAUACAGCAUAAGGGCCCCUCACCAGCUCAGCUGACCACGGAGACAACUGCCUGCCCACGAAUCGGAAAGAAGGCAAAAAAGAUGAUUAGUCUCAAAGCUAAACUCUACCAUAAACAGCGCCAUGCUGAGAAAAUACAGAUGAAAAAGACUAUCAAGAUGCAUGAAAAGAGAAACACCAAACAAAAGGAUGAUGAAAAGACUCCACAAGGAGCAGUACCUGCGUAUCUACUGGACAGAGAGGGACAGUCCCGAGCUAAAGUGCUUUCCAAUAUGAUUAAACAAAAACGCAAAGAAAAAGCGGGAAAAUGGGAAGUCCCUCUGCCCAAAGUUCGUGCCCAGGGAGAAACAGAAGUAUUAAAAGUUAUUCGAACAGGGAAGAGAAAGAAGAAAGCAUGGAAGAGGAUGAUUACUAAAGUCUGCUUUGUUGGAGAUGGCUUUACUCGAAAACCACCUAAAUAUGAAAGAUUCAUUAGGCCAAUGGGCUUACGUUUCAAGAAGGCACAUGUAAUACAUCCUGAACUGAAAGCUACCUUUUGCCUGCCAGUACUUGGUGUAAAAAAGAAUCCCUCAUCCCCACUUUAUACAACUUUGGGUGUUAUUACCAAAGGUACAGUCAUUGAGGUGAACGUGAGCGAGUUGGGCCUUGUGACACAAGGAGGCAAAGUUAUUUGGGGAAAAUAUGCUCAGGUUACCAACAAUCCUGAAAAUGAUGGAUGUAUAAAUGCAGUCUUACUGGUUUGACAGCAGUUCAUACAAGUAACUCCUUAUAAUUAUUGAAGAUUAUACAUCAAUCAAGAAAACGACCUUUACUGUGAUGUUUCUGAGUACCAAACAGCUUCCAUGUCUGCAGUCAAGAGAACUAUUUAUUCUAUUGUAAAGAACAUUAAAAUGGCCCAGUUUUACAAA